UAAGAUGGAAAGCUAUCCAUUCAAUUCAGAUAAAAGCCCACUCGAAAAUAGCUUUUUACAGUUAGCUUUCCUCUCCUCAAAUAUCCAAAUUUUCUCUGCUAUUGUCUGGAUAACAACAAAAUUUUUCAAAAUCUCAGAUAACAAACAAAAAGCCAUAACUGUUUACAUUCAAAAAAUCCCGACCCCACCGCUUCAAGAACUCCGUUAGCUGCAUCAAAGUCAUUCGCUGAACUGAAGUCAGGAUUAACUCCUCGUCCCAUCUCUGUCUUCAGACUAAUAAAAAAAAAACCACAAAAUCUCACAAGAAAUGAAAAUUCUACUCUUUUAGAUGGAAAAAGUGGAAGAUUUUGGGAUGUUAAUUUAGUGAAGUGGGAAAAAAAGGAUAAAGGUCAAAGAGCCAGCGGCGGAAGCAGAGCAGAAGCAGAGAAGAAGAAGGUAUUGAUUGAUAACGAUGUCGGUUUUGGAUGAAAACCAAGAUUCACCAUUGAAGAAGAGGCCACCGAGCUGGUCAGACGUUUGGCUCAAAAAUACCAAGCCAUUAAAGCAUGUGGUGUUCGCUAUGCAACUUCAGUCUUUAGCUUCAAAAGACCCCAAAUCUCAAACCCUAAUCCCCAAUUUCGCCAACAUCGACCGAACCCUUCUCUUAUCCGACGAGCUCCUCUUAAAAAUUCUCUCAAAGCUACCCCUUUCACAACGGAAUUCUAACUCCCUCGUCUGCAAGCGGUGGCUCAAUCUCCAAGGCCGCCUUGUACGGUCCUUGAAGAUCCUAGAUUGGGACUUCAUCGAAUCGGGUCGGUUAAUCACGAGGUUCCCUAACUUAACUAACGUGGAUUUGCUCAAAGGCUGUUUGUUUUCGCCGCGGAAUUCUGGGAUUCUGUUGACUCAUCGGAUGAUUUCGAUGCAAAUGAGUUCUGGGUUUUGUUCAAAUUGGAAGCUUUUGGAAGAAAAUCUUUUGCCUGUUGAAGUUGUUGAUAGAGGGCUUCGAGCACUUGCCAAUGGCUGCCCGAAUCUUCGAAGACUUGUGGCAAUUAACGCCAGUGAGUUCGGGUUGUUAACGGUGGCUGAAGAAUGUCUGACUUUGCAGGAAUUGGAGUUACAUAAGUGCAACGAUAAUGUUUUACGAGGCAUUGCAGCAUGUGAGAAUUUGCAAAUCCUGAAACUUGUUGGAAACAUUGAUGGACUUUAUAGUUCAUUGGUUUCCGAUAUUGGGUUAACUAUCUUAGCUCAAGGUUGUAAGAGGUUAGUUAAGCUUGAGCUUAGUGGAUGUGAAGGGAGUUUUGAUGGGAUUAAAGCGAUUGGGCAAUGUUGUUUAAUGCUUGAAGAAUUGACUAUUUGUGAUCAUCGUAUGGAUGAUGGAUGGUUGGCUGCAUUGUCAUAUUGUGAGAAUUUGAAGACUUUGAAGUUGUUGUCUUGUAAGAGGAUUGAUUUGAGUCCGGGUCCGUAUGAGUAUUUGGGGUUUUGUCCGGCUCUUGAGCGGUUGCAUUUGCAGAAGUGUCAGUUGCGGAGUAAGAAGAGCAUGAGCGCGUUGAUGAGAGUAUGUGAAGCUGUGAGAGAGGUUGUUGUUCAGGACUGCUGGGGAUUGGAUAAUGAUAUGUUCAGCUUUGCAAGUGUUUGCAGGAGAGUAAAGUUGUUAUCUUUAGAAGGAUGCUCGUUGCUAACAACUGAAGGACUGGAAGCCGUGAUUCUUUCCUGGCGUGACCUUGAAAAUCUUAAAGUGAUAUCAUGCAAGAACAUAAAGGAAAGUGAUAUAUCUCCUGCACUUGCAACCUUAUUCUGUAAUCUAAAAGAGUUGAGGUGGAGGCCGGACGCCAAGUCCCUGCUUGCAUCGAGUCUUGCAGGAAGUGGCAUGGGAAAAAGAGGUGGUAGAUUUUUCAAGAGGACAUGAGAUGCGGAGCCUGAGCGAAUAGAUUCUGCACUCUGCUGAUGCUAGUGAUUAGUGGUGUACUUGUAAAAUGGAAAUAUUUUAUCAGCACUUUCCUUUCCUUUCCUUUCCUUUCCUUUCCUUUCCUUCUGUAAGACUAAACUAGGUUAGUAAAUAGAGACAAAGUAGUGUCAAAUAUGGGUGUAAUUUUAGAGGGGAAAGCAUUAACAUUGUGGUACGACAUCUUUUUACUUCUUACGUUGUGGAGCCUUAUCCUUAAGUUGUUUUAUAAAAUAAGAGAAUAAAAAAAAGUAGAGUCACCAUUUUUUUCUUCGAGAAAAAAAGAAAGAAAGAGAAUUUUAUUACUACUAUCA